UAAUGUAGGACGCAUAGAAACUUUAAAAAUUAUCUUAAUUACCUAAAAACUUUUCAGAUUGGUAAGUUGGAGAUGAUUAUGAGAUAAUCAAAUAAAUAGGAUCAGGAUCAUAUGGAUAAGUUGUAGAGGCUAUGUAAAAAUCUACAAAUAAAAAAGUUGCUAUUAAAAGGUGUAAUAUAAUUUGUAUAUUAUUUAAGAUUAACAGCAAUAUUUGAUGAUGAAAUUGAUUGUAAAAGAAUCUUAAGAGAAAUAUGUAUUUUAAGAGAAUUGAAGCACCAAAAUUUAAUUCAAAUUAUUGAAAUUCUUGAACCAUAAGAUCCUAAAUCAUUUGAUACUAUUUACGUUGUUAUGGAAUAUGCUCAAGUAAUUAUUUAUUAUUUAUCAAAGAGUGACUUAAAAAAAUUAUUUAAAUCACCCAUUCAUUUACAAUUUCUACAUAUACAAACAAUUGUCUAUAAUAUUUGUGUCGGCCUUAAAUAUUUGCAUUCUGCUAAGGUUUUACAUAGAGACUUAAAACCAGCAAAUGUUUUAUUAAAUGAAGAUUGCACUGUUAAAAUAUGUGAUUUUGGAUUAGCAAGAAGUGUUCAAGGUUUUUUUAUUUUUAUUUAUUUUCUAGGUAUUGAUGCUACAGAUUAGGCAUUAGAGGAAGAACUUGCUAGAUAAUAAGAAGAGCCUAAAAAGAAAGAUGAAAAAAAAGGACCUAGAAUGUUAUAAAAAUAAAAUAAAUUAAAUGCCAAAGCUGUAAAAAGAGAAUUAACUGGUCAUGUAGUAACAAGAUGGUAUAGAGCUCCAGAAGUUAUUCUAUUGGAAAAAGAUUAUACUGCUGCUAUUGAUGUUUGGUCUGUUGGUUGUAUCUUUGCAGAAUUGUUAAAUAUGAUGAAAGAAAAUGCACCAACAUUUUUAGAUAGAGCUCCUCUAUUCCCAGGAACAAGUUGUUUCCCUCUUAGUCCUGAAAGAAGUGCUAUAGCUAAGAAAGGAGGAUUUCCUUAUUCUAAUACAGAUUAACUAACUGUCAUCUUUUCUGUCUUGGGAACACCUGGAGAAAAGUAUCAAAGCAAUUAAUUAUAUUAGAGAUAUGGAUUUUGUUACUGAUAAAAAAGCUAUUGAAUAUUUGAAGAGUUUUCAAAAAAAACCUAAAGUUGCCUUUGUUGAAAUAUUUCCAGGAGCCCCUCCUGAGGCAUUGGAUUUUUUAGACAAAUGUCUAUAAUUUAGUCCAAAGAUUAGGAUAACUUUGGAUCAAGCAAUUGAACAUCCCAUGCUUUAAAAGGUUAGAGAUAAAAAGAAAGAAACAACUGCCCCUGGUAUAUAUAUAUUCAUUAAUUUAUAGGACCUAUAUAUCUUGAUUUUGAAUAAGAAGGCGAUUUAUAAAUUCCAAGAUUAAGAGAGUUAUUUUUAAGAGAAAUUUCAAAAUAUAAGCGUUGAA